GUUCACUUCCUCCAGAUCUGGGCCAAGCCCCGUGUCUCCCGCUUGGUCCCAAAGUACUUCACCCGUCACUUCUCAGACGAGGAGAAGACGGAUAAGUGGGUGAAGGUCGUCGCCCCUGUUGAGGCUGAGGGAGUGCUGGACAAGAGGGAAGGGGAUGGGCCUGCCCCGGUACAGAGCGGGGUGACGAUGUACGCUACUCUUCUCUCUGAGGGAAACAGCCUUGCGCAUCGGCUUCCACUCGACGGGCAGGGCAAGACGAGAAAGGUUUACGUGCAUGUCGUCCAGACUAGCGGGUAUAACGAUGGAUCCUCUAGCGGAGCACGCGUGAAGCUGAGCGGGGAAGGCAAGGAACUCGAGCUGAGGGAGGGCGAUGGAGCUUAUAUCGCUGGAUUACCUGAGCGCGAGCUGAUCCUGGAGAACGUCGGCGAGGGGAGGGCAGAGAUCGUUUUGUUUGAUACUGAGUAG